AUGAGCGAGGAACAGAACGAAGGCGAAAUUAUGGAGGUCAUGCCUAAGGAAAAUGUGGACGCGGUUAAGAACAAAAAGGCCACUUAUGAGAUACAAGAUCAGAUAUCAAAAGGUUCAAGAGGUUGCAUCUUCCAAGUGCUGAGGCUCGAAGACAAGAAACCUCUUGCAAUGAAAUGCGAAGCACUGAAAGUAAAGAAUGCGCUGUUAAAACAUGAAGCGAAAGUGUAUGAGGCUUUGAAGUCAUUCUAUUCGCCUCAUUUCCUCAGUUUUGAGGAUCGUGGGGUUGUUGAAGAACGGUUCACUUUUAUAGUGCUCAAACUGAUAGGGAAGAAUCUAGCUGACGUGCAAUGGAAAUGUCCAGACAGAAAGUUUUCUUUGAUAACAGCAUUGCACAUAGGCGAACAAACGUUGGCCGCCAUUCGUGAUCUCCACUUUUGCGGAUAUAUUCACCGCGAUAUCAAGCCACAUAACUUUGCUAUUGGGCGAGAAGAAGACAAAAACUACCACACAGUCUACAUAAUCGAUUUCAAGUUCGCCCGCCGGUUCAAGACCGAGACGAAGGAUUUACGGCUAGAACGUGCACAGGCGGCUUUCAGAGGUACACCACGGUAUGCCAGCAUUACAGCGCUCAGCAUGAAAGAGCAAUCCCGCAAAGACGACCUGGAGUCGUGGUGGUACAUGAUGGUAGAGUUUAUGGUAGGGAGGCUUCCAUGGGCGGAUUUGGCCGAUCAAAAGCUUCUGAAAGCUACACCAGAAGAAUACAUGACCAAUAUUAUUUUGUAUAUUGAUACCCUUCAAUAUAAUUCAAUACCAGAUUAUGAUUAUGUAGCAGCGAAUUUAGCGACAUCCGUCAAAGCGUACUAUCUGCAUAAGGAUGCACCACCAGAUUGGGAUCUUAUGGCUGAAUACAAAGGUCCACGUUAUGAAAAGACUGUUUAG